AUGUGGACUGGCGACGAUUUGCAACGGCUGGUGGGCCGGGAACUUAGCGAAUACCGGCUGAUAGUAGUGUCUAAUCGCCAACCGUACGCAUUCCGAAUGGAAAACGGAAACCUGGUGGGUGAGAUGCCUCCCGGCGGCCUUACUGCGGCCAUUGAUCCAUUGAUGCGCGCGUGUGGCGGCACCUGGAUCGCUCAGAGCAACGGGGACAGCGACCAUCUUGCAAUGGAUGCAGACGGCAGAAUUGCUGUACCGCUUGACUCGCCGGCUUAUCGGCUGCGCCUGAUGGACCUGACCGAGGCGGAGAACGACGGCUACUAUUACGGAUUCUCCAAUCAGGGAUUAUGGCCCCUUUGCCACGUUGCAUACACUGAGCCGAUUUUCGAUACCCAGGAUUACGAGGCUUACAAAUCAGUCAACCGCAAGUUCGCAAACCUGGUUGUUGAUGAAAUCGGUGAUGGGCCGGCGAUUGUACUUAUUCAGGAUUAUCACCUGGCGCUGCUGCCUCGCUACAUCCGGCAGGUGUGCGAGGACGUUAUCAUUGGACAGUUCUGGCACAUCCCCUGGCCAAACACGGACAUUCUGCGGAUUUGUCCCUGGCAAGAAGAGAUUUUGGACGGGAUGCUGGGCCAUGACCUGCUGGGGUUCCAUCUUUCCAGUGACUGCGACAAAUUCCUGGAUGCGGUGGCACGGAACCUGAAUGCCCAGGUGGAUUCCCAGUUUGGCCUGGUGGAUUAUCAGGACGAAAUGACUCUGGUAAGACCCUUUCCGAUCAGCAUCGACUUUGACAGUCUGGACGCCGAAGCGCGCACCGCCGAGGUUGAGUCGGAAAUGGCCCGGUUGUCUCAGGAAUUCGGCCUGGACACCGGGCGCAUAUUGGGUCUGGGUAUCGAUCGCCAGGACUAUACCAAGGGAAUACCCCACCGGCUGAGAGCGGUAGAACGCUUCCUGGAAAAGUGGCCGGAAUACCAGGGCAAGCUGGUGUUCCUGCAGGCCGGCGCCACCAGCCGAACCAACAUCAACUCAUACAUGCAGCUGACCAUCGAUAUCGAAUCUAUCGUAAAUCGGAUUAACGAACGAUUCGGCGACGGCGACUGGCAGCCGAUUGCAUAUUGGCCCACUUCGUUCCCGUCCGCCACCUUCUCGGCAUUACGCCGUUUGGCGAGUUUUUGCGCUGAAAGCAGCCUGCACGACGGCAUGAACCUGGUUGCCAAAGAAUAUGUGGCUUCCCGGGUGGAUGAGGACGGUGUUCUGAUUCUCAGCGCGUUCGCGGGGGCGGCUCAGGAAUUGAGCAGCUCGAUUAUCAUCAACCCGUAUGCAUCCGAGCAGUUUGCCGACGCCAUCCAUCAGGCGUUGACCAUGAGCGAUGACGAACGUCGCCUGCGGAUGCGGCACAUGCGCAGCAUCGUCCAACAAAACAACAUCUACAAUUGGGCCGGACGCAUAAUGAUGAAUCUAAUGCAGGCCAGUACACCAGACCACGCCCGGUUGCCCGCGGCUCAAGCUAUCUGA